CCACAACUGGACAAGAUGGAGCUCUUUUUCAACCCGUUCGACAACUUGGUGUGUAUCCUGCUGGGCAUCUCCUUGACCGUGUGGUUCACCCUGCUGUUGGUCUUCAUCAUCGUGCCGGCCAUCUUCGGGCUGUCCUUUGGCAUCCGACGUCUUUACAUGAAAACCUUAUUAAAGCUCUUUGAGUGGGCCACGCUAAGGAUAGAGAGAGGAGCGAAAGAAAACAAUCACCUCUUGUACAAACCCUACUCGAAUGCCAUCAUUGCCAAGGAGCCCACCUCCUUGGAGGAGGAGAUCAAAGAGAUCCGGCGGCGCGGCAGCAACAGAGAUCUGAACUCGGCCCCCGAGUUUGAGAUGUCUGACAUCUUCUAUUUCGCUCGGCGAGGAGUGGCGAGCAUCAUGGACGACGAGGUGACCAAGCGGUUCUCUGCUGAGGAGUUGGAGUCCUGGAAUCUGCUGACCCGCAGCAACAACAACUUCCACUACAUCAGCCUGAGGCUGACCGUCCUCUGGGGGCUGGGCCUGCUGAUCCGCUACAGCUUCCUGCUGCCUCUCAGGGUGACGCUUGCCUUCACUGGCGUCGGCCUCCUUGUGUUCCUCACAUGUGUUAUUGGGCUGCUGCCAAAUGGAAGGUUAAAAAACUUCCUCAGUCAGAAAGUUCAUUUGAUGUGCUACAGAAUCUGUGUCAGAGCUCUGACUGCCAUCAUAACCUACCACGACAGUGAGAAUAAACCCAAGAAUGGAGGCAUCUGUGUCGCCAACCACACUUCACCUAUUGACGUCAUCAUCCUGGCCAGCGAUGGCUGCUAUGCUAUGGUUGGGCAAAUCCAAGGUGGCUUGAUGGGGGUCAUUCAGAGGUCCAUGGUCAAGGCCUGCCCACACAUUUGGUUCGAACGCUCGGAAGUCAAAGACAGACAUCUGGUGGCCAAAAGAUUAAGUGACCAUGUGGAAGAUAAAUCUAAACUGCCUAUUCUCAUUUUCCCAGAAGGUACCUGCAUUAACAACACAUCAGUUAUGAUGUUUAAGAAGGGCAGUUUUGAGAUUGGUGCCACAGUCUACCCUGUAGCCAUUAAGUAUGACCCCCGAUUUGGAGACGCCUUCUGGAACAGCAGCAAGUUUGGAAUGGUCAGCUACCUUUUGCGUAUGAUGAGCAGCUGGGCCAUCGUCUGCAGUGUGUGGUACCUUCCUCCCAUGUCGAGAGAGGAGGGUGAGGAUGCUUCCCAGUUUGCCAAUCGUGUGAAGGCAGCCAUCGCCAGGCAAGGCGGACUGGUCGACCUCCUGUGGGACGGAGGACUGAAGAGAGGAAAGGUAAAAGAUACCUUCAAAGAAGAGCAGCAGAAGCUGUACAGUAAAAUGCUGGUGGGCACGCAAGAAGACCGCAGUCGCUCCUGAAGGACCUGUGUGGAGGUGGACUGGACCAGAGACCCACUCGGGCACCUCUGACUCAAAGCAGUCAGCAGUGCUCCCUCGCUAUAGGAGCUCUUGGACUGGAAAACAUCUCUCUGAUGUCAACAGUACUCCAUUUGGCUGCCUCGGGCGGGCCUGUUCAGUUUGCGUUCCUUGUUGCGGGUCAUUCGGAGUCUGCUCCCCUCUGCUGGAGUUGCUCGACUGAAGCCACGCUUGCAUUAGAAUGAGAAUACGGUGCGCAGGAAAGGACCGGCAUCUUCCUUGUAAGCAGUCUUUUGUGGGGAAAUGUGUAGUAUUAUCUAUCAUUGAGUCACUGUCUUUGUUUGGUAGUUUCAGCUUUUUCAUUUAACCGUCAUGUUUGUAUCACACUGUGUUAAAGUCACAGAGCUGAAUAUACGUGGGACAUCGCAGUUAUUUGAGAUGAAAACCAGUUUGUUCUCAUCCUAAAACCUGUGACUGAGUGGGAGAUUUGCAUGACUGGGUUGUGCCUGUGAUUUGGGGCUCAACGCCAGAUUUUGUUACAUUACAGAUAUUUUUAUGGGCUUUUUCCAAGAGAAAAAAACUUGUAUUUUAAGCUUUGUGUUUUACAUUAAGACUUGUAUCAAAAUAAUUUGUCACUGUAGUUGCAUUUCAGACGUUCUCUCUAUGUUGUUUGUUUCUGUUUCUUCCAUGGAAAUUCUCACAUUGUGAAAUUGAAAUAGUUCACCCGCACUUACUCGGAUGGAGGUUUAUGUAUUUAUGCAGAUAUUCCUCGAUGUUAAAGCAAAUAAUGAAGCAUAACUGAAGGUGAAUGGUUUAAAGUGCAUUCAGAAAGAAUGUAGGGAUGCUUUUUAUCAUCGCCCCAUUGCACACAGGUUGUGACUUAUGACCAUCGCAACGGGUGUCCUGACUAAAAUAUUGUUACGAUAAUUAGCUGAUGCAUAAUCCUACUAACACAAUCCCUAACAGCCAUCAUGUUCACAGUUUGCUUCCUGCUCAUGCAGAUUUAUUUGAAGUGAACUCUAAAAGCCAUUGUCUCUAGUCCCGCCCUCUCCAUCAGUGAUCUUCUCCCGCCUGGCAGCCUCUUCAAGGAGAGCUUCUGUACAGUCGUCUGGGCCCCCGUGAGGCUGGAGUUGAGGAGGUGUCCCCCUGAGGCCCUCGUUCCUCGAGUGUACUAUUAUCAGAUGGAGUCAUUUGGGUUGUGUUCAAUCUGUUCAUCAAAAUAAAUGUUCAAAAAUGUGACUCGA